AUGACAUCGAGUGCGAUCGGAUCUGUCGGUCAAUUCACCAUCGAUUCAAAUACGAAUCAAUUCAUCAAAGAUGGCCAACCAUUCCGUUACGUCUCGGGAGCUCUUCACUACUUCAAAGUGCCGGCAGUUCUUUGGUUGGAUCGGAUGGUCAAGUAUAAGAUGGCGGGACUUAAUGUCAUACAAACCUAUAUUGAGUGGACAUUUCAUGAGCCCGAAGAGGGAGUCUUUCGCUUUGAUGGCGACUACGAUAUCAUUAAAUACUUACAAACGGCUCACGAUUUGGGGCUUUUGGUUAACCUGAGGACCGGUCCGUAUAUCGACGCGGAGAGGGAUUUGGGAGGACUUCCGUAUUGGCUGUUGUCUAAGAACCCAAACAUGAAAUUAAGGACAUCUGAUCCGACAUAUUUGUCAGCUGUGGACAAAUGGUUUUCACUAUUGUUACCAAAGUUGGCGCCCAUGUUAUACAUAAACGGCGGACCCGUUAUUAUGGUUCAGAUAGAGAAUGAAUACGGAAGUUAUAACGCCUGUGACUUUGAAUACGUCGACCAUUUGAGGGACUUUCAUAUCAAACACUUCGGCCGUAAAGUCCAACUCUUCACUACCGAUGGAAACGCCGACUAUUUUCUAAAGUGUGGCAAAAUAGACGGUGUGUUCGCAACCAUCGACUUCGGCCCCGGCAGUGAUAUUGUCCAGUCGUUUGCGGCCCAACGCGCGCACCAACAGUUUGGUCCGUACGUCAACUCCGAGUACUACACGGGUUGGAUAGACCACUGGGAAGAGCCCCACUCAACAGUUGGUUCAGCACAGGUGGCCUACACUUUGGAUAAGAUGUUGGCUUUUAAUGCUUCCCUCAAUCUUUAUCCUCUUUGUGGGGGCACGAGCUUCGGGUUUGGCGCCGGCGCUAAUCAGGGCGAUGGCGGACAAUAUAUCCCAUGUAUUACUAGUUAUGAUUUUAACGCUCCGCUCACCGAAUCAGGAGACCCGACACAGAAGUACUUCGAUGUCCGCAAAGUUAUCGGAAAAGUGAAUCAAUUUUGCAAUUAUGCUUCAAUGUAUGAGAAUAUUAAAAUGUGUCAUUAUUACUUACCCCUCCCUAACGGCACAUUACCGGCACCGGCGCCUAAAAUGGAGACUAAACCCAUUGUUAUGAAACCAGUGCUUAAUAUAUACGAUAUUAUCAAAUCUCAAACAUUCAUUGAGUCAACACUUCCCCUGACUUUCGAAGAAUUGCGAGUUAGAGACGGGUUUAUACUCUACUCCACAAACAUUACAUUCAUUCCUUCAGAUCCGGCAGUUUUGACGGUUAAAGGACUUAAAGAUAGGGCUCAAGUGUUUGUUAAUAAAAAAUAUGCGGGAACUUUAAGUCGGACUCGAAAUUUGUUUACAAUAGGCUUGGAUAUAGAGUUUGGAUCACAACUGGAUUUGUUGGUCGAAAAUCAGGGAAGACUUUGUUAUGGAAAUGUUUUCGGAGAAUCAAAGGGCAUUACAUCUAACGUGACAAUAGGUCCGCAACUUUUAAAGAAUUGGAAACAUUAUUUGUUAUUCAAGAAUUGGACCGAAAGUGUGGCAUAUAUUCAGUAUUAUUCAGAUAUUUAUUCUUCAAAUCAAUUGCCGAUCAAAAAGAGUUCAUUUGAAAGGAUUCCUGGAUUUUAUUUCUCUGAGUUUGUGUUGUCUGACAAUAAGGACUACCCUUUGGAUACAUUCCUACGUUUGGACGGUUGGCGUAAAGGACUGGCAUUUCUCAAUGGUUUCAAUUUAGGCCGUUAUUGGACUGUUGGCCCACAACUCACUCUCUAUACACCCAAACACCUCUUCAAUGCAUUCCCGAAACCAAACAAAUUAAUUGUCUUUGAAUUGGAAAAUACGGCAAACGAUAGAAGCGUUCAAUUCGUUAAACAAAACUACAAUCAUAACCAAUUCCUAAAGGAUGGCCAACCGUUUCGUUAUGUCUCCGGAUCUAUACAUUACUUCCGAGUGCCGGAGGUUUUAUGGACUGACCGUCUGAUCAAAGCAAAACAGGCCGGACUUAAUGCCAUACAAACUUAUGUCGAAUGGAAUUCACACGAACCGGAGGAAGGGUUCUAUCGGUUCGAUGGCGACAAUGAUUUGAUAAAAUUUUUGAAAACAGCCAACGAUUUGGGAUUACUUGUUAUACUAAGAACCGGACCCUUUAUCGACGCCGAGAGAGACUUUGGAGGCCUUCCGUAUUGGCUUCUGUCGAAGAACCCGGACAUGAAAUUAAGAUCAUCUGAUCCGUCAUACCUGGAAGUGGUGGACAAAUGGUAUUCCGUGUUAUUACCAAAAGUGGUGCCAAUGCUGUACCGAAACGGCGGACCCGUUAUUAUGGUUCAGAUUGAGAACGAAUACGGAAGUUAUAAGGCAUGCGAUUAUGAAUACACCUCUCAUUUGCGAGAUCUUCAUCUCAAGUACUUCGGCAACAGUUCUGUCCAACUCUUCACCACUGAUGGCGACGGCGACGGGUAUUUCAAAUGCGGCAAAAUAGACGGCGUGUUCGCCACCGUUGACUUCGGGCCGGGAAGUGAUGUGAGCAAAGCGUUUCACAUACAGCACCGGCACCAACAGUACGGACCGUCCGUCAACUCCGAGUACUACACGGGUUGGCUCGACCACUGGGAAAUGCCUCACCAGAAUGUGUCCACCACUGCCGUCAUUAAAACUCUUGACGCUAUGCUAGCCUUCAACGCGUCCGUCAAUCUCUAUAUGUUUCACGGGGGGACCAGCUAUGGGUUCGGCGCCGGCACCAGCACUCAGGACAACGACGGUAUAGUCCCCUGUCCUACAAGUUAUGAUUACGACGCGCCCCUCAAUGAGGCCGGAGAUCCCACUGAGAAGUACUUUGCCAUCAGAACAACCAUUGCUAAAUACUUUCCGCUCAUUAACGGCACACUUCCGAAACCGGCGCCCAAAAUGAACACAAAACCAAUUAUUAUGACACCAGUUCUCAACAUAUAUGAUGUAAUCUCCAGUCAAACACCCAUUGAGUCGACACUUCCCCUGACUUUCGAAGAAUUGCGAAUUAGAGACGGGUUUAUACUCUACUCCACAAACAUUACAUUCAUUCCUUCAGAUCCGGCAGUUUUGACGGUUAAAGGACUUAAAGAUAGGGCUCAAGUGUUUGUUAAUAAAAAGUAUGCGGGAACUUUGAGUCGGACUCAAAAUCUAUAUGAAAUAGGUUUGGAUAUAGAGUUUGGAUCACAACUGGAUUUAUUGGUCGAAAAUCAGGGAAGACUUUGUUAUGGAAACACAAUCAAUGAACUGAAAGGAAUCACAUCUAACGUGACAAUAGGUCCCAAUGUAUUAGAGGAUUGGAGACAUUAUUUGAUGUUUAAGAAUUGGUCCCAAAGUAUAUCUCAAAUCCAAGAAUAUUCUGAUUUCUAUUCUUCGGUUCAAAUGAACGCAAACAAAAAGAGUUCAUUUGAAAGGAUUCCUGCCUUUUAUAGCUCUGAGUUUGUGUUGUCUGACAAUAAGGACUACCCUUUGGAUACAUUUCUACGUUUGGACGGUUGGCGUAAAGGACUGGCAUUUCUCAAUGGUUUCAAUUUAGGCCGUUAUUGGACUGUUGGCCCACAACUCACUCUCUAUACACCCAAACACCUCUUCAAUGCAUUCCCGAAACCAAACAAAUUAAUUGUCUUUGAAUUGGAAAAUACGGCAAACGAUAGAAGCGUUCAAUUUGUUAAACAAAAUGUUUUGAAUGCAACCACUCCUUAUGAUUAA